AGAAACCGUUUAGCGUGUCUCUCUCUCUUCUUCCCUUCUUCUCUCUCUACUCCAUUGAAGCUGCCUCAGAUCCCAUGACUUCUUUCUGGCCUUCUGCUCCACUUCACUGAAUCAAAGGAAGCUUCUUCAGACAACUCUUGUGGAGUAUGCACCUUUCGGUGGAACGAGGAACUUAAGGCUUGGACAUUAUAAAGCACCUCAAACUAUUGUAUUUGGGUGGAUGUUGUUAGUUGAGGAGAAUUGUCGAAUAUGAGCACAAUAUAUGGUUUUUGGGACCAUCUCUGUUACAUGUUCAUGUGUUGCAAGAUUAAGACCUUGUAGUAUAAUGAGAUGAAAAAUUUAUUGCAGAGCCUCGCGGUGAUUCUAAUGAAAGAGUUCUUCCGGCUCUUUGCUGGGUUAAAAAUCGACUGGAAAAGGGUAAUCUUUGCUGGGGCCUUAAUGACAACAGCCGGUGUGAUUCUGCAAAUGUUUCUACUUACCGAUUCACUUGAUAUGUCGUCCCUCUCUCGACCUAUUACAAAUGUGUCAGACAAAUCGUUGAACAGAAUCAGUAGCUUCAAUCAGACCAUUAGUGAGGACAGAAACAAAAGAUUGCAACUCAUUUCUACUGAUGUUCCCAUUGUUCUGGCGAACUCUUCCCUUCAGUUGAACCUCUCAGUUCCAGGUAUGCCAGACACUGGCCCAAUUCCUACAGGGAGACCAAGAAGGAGAAAGAAAGGUGGAAAUGUGGAUAACGUGUCCAAGGUUCUACCUCCUCCUGAUCCUCCAAGUGUACCUGUGCCUUACCGUUUGCAGAAAUUCAUUUCAUCCUUGACACCCCAUGAGGCACUUGUGUAUGCGAAGAAAGAGAUUGCUCAUCCCCCUGAAGUGAUUGAUGAUCCUGAUCUGUAUGCCCCUGUGUUUCGAAAUUUGUCUGUUUUCAAAAGGAGCUAUGAGUUGAUGGAACUGAUUCUUAAAGUUUACGUAUACCAUGAAGGGUCAAGGCCCAUAUUUCAUGUACCUCAUCUCAAUGGAAUUUAUGCUUCUGAAGGAUGGUUCAUGAGGUUCAUGGAGGGUAACAAGCAAUUUGUCACAAGAGACCCAGAAGAGGCUCACUUAUUUUAUCUUCCUUACAGCAUGCGCCAAUUGGAGUUGAAGCUUUAUGUACCUGGUUCACAUCAAAUUAAACCACUGGCAGAAUUCCUCAGAGACUAUGUGAACAUGAUUGCUGGGAAGUAUCCUUUCUGGAAUCGCACACAUGGUUCAGAUCAUUUUCUUGUUGCUUGCCAUGACUGGGGUCCAUACACUCUUACUCAGCACAAGGAACUGGCUAACAAUACGAUAAAAGCUCUGUGCAAUGCUGACACUUCAGAAGGAAUUUUUGUUGCUGGGAAGGAUGUUUCACUUCCAGAAACUACUAUUAGAAACCCCAGGGUUCCCCUUCGAAAUAUAGGUGGGUUAAGAGUGUCACAGCGCCCCCUCCUUGCCUUCUUUGCAGGAUACAUGCAUGGUAGAGUCCGCCCGAUACUUUUGAAGUACUGGCGGGACAAACAUGAGGACAUGAAAAUCUAUGGGCCUCUGCCCUCUAGAAUUUCCCGUAAGAUGUCAUAUAUCCACCAUAUGAAGUCAAGUAAAUUUUGUAUUUGCCCAAUGGGGUACGAAGUGAACAGCCCUAGGAUCAUUGAAUCCAUAUACUAUGAGUGUGUCCCAGUGAUAAUUGCCGAUAAUUUCCCCCUUCCUUUGAGCGACGUGCUAGACUGGAGCAAGUUUUCUGUUAUUGUGGCCGAGAAGGAUAUCCCCAAGUUACGAGAGAUUUUACUAGCUAUUCCUAUGAGAAGAUACAUGGCUAUGCAAACAAAUGUUAAAAUGGUGAAGAGGCAUUUUCUUUGGAACCGAAGGCCAGUCAGAUAUGAUUUAUUCCAUAUGAUUCUGCAUUCCAUUUGGUUAAGCAGAUUGAACCAGAUUCAAAUCCCAGAAUCCUAAUAUAUUUUUGAAGUGCUGAAGAGGGUGUUACCUUCUGAAGAUAGGUUUAGUUCGGAUGAGGAGCUGAUUAGAGCAAGAUCAGAGACCAAGGGGAAAGUCCAAGAAGGGGAAGCAACUGCUAAUAUAAUGGACUUCAAACGGCUCAGUGCCUGCAACAGAUGUCUUUCUGAUUAGUGUCCCAAGUUCUUUGAACUGAAACAAGGAUGAGUAUUUUGUAGGAUGACCAGGGUGGAUGCCAAAAUGAAAUUCUUACUGCAGGUAAUCAGCAGGAACACGUCAUUCGCUGAGUUUCCACAGCUUCUCAGACAAAGCUCUGAUGUUCCAUCAAAUUGAUGAUCGUUGUUCUCUAUACCAUAUACAGAUGACCCUAUAUACUUCCAUUAUACAAGUGGAGUUGGCAUUAUAUACUCAAUAAUUCUUGAUACUGAAAUGUGAAUCAUUUAGGAACCUACAUUUGGGAUAUUCAAACAAGUAGUAUAUACACAGGAUAUAUGUGUUCUCGUUGUGGGGUGAUGCAAGUUUGAUGUUUUCUGCUUGUACGGAUGCUGUCUUCUUUCUGUGAGAAUAUAUAUUUUGGAGGAAAGUCUGUAAAUGCUGGUGCCGACUUGUAAUUCAUUUUCGUACAAAAUCUUUUCUUAAAACCUUUAAUUCAUGCUGAUCAAUAAACAUGUAUUACAGCCUACGUGAUAUUGGAUUCUUGUGU